UGUUGCUUGUCCGCCUGAGUAGAAGUCGCCUAGAGUGCCCCCCAUUUUGGGGCUCCCAAUCCAAAUAAUCCGUGAGAAUCCCGCUCGUGGCAUGCCCUGGCGGGCCCUCCGUGCGCCUGUUGUCCGCGAAAACCCGUGAAAAGUGUGCUUUUCUGCUGGCCUGCGUGAGUGUGAGGGAGAGGGCGCUGUUGGUGUGAAUGCGAUGGUGUAUAGUGAAUGCGUGAGUGCGAGCGAGAAGCUCUCUCGUCUACAAACACACAGUGGAAUCUCCAUGGAAUAAGUGACGUGUUCGCCUUCCAAUAUCUGUGAAGAAACUCUCUUUCGCUGGCCCAAGAAGGAGAAAUAAAAUUUCCACAAAGCUUUUCCUUCGCCUUUGCAAGUUCUGCAUCAAGUGUGUGUGUUUUUAAUUUGUACCUUCACACAUGUGAAAAUAUUGUGAAAACCAAGAGAUCCCAGAAAGUGGAGAGAGAAUCAUUUUCGACACUUUUCCCGCCAUUGAUGACACUUUAUAUAAUUUUGUGGCUUAGGUGAAAAACAAAGCAUUUCGGACGGUUUCAGAGUUUGGAUUAAAGUGCUUCUAUUUUUUUUAAACGGAGAAAAUAAAGGUUUCCAGGGGGAUUUUUUCUGAGAGAAAAGCCGAGAAAAUCCUCACCUGAGGCAAAAGAAGUUUUUUCAUCGGAAAAUAAAGGUCAGAUAAAGUGAAUCCAUGACGACUGAAACUCGUGCAAAUCAAUAAUUUGUGAUUUUCUAUGCAGACAUAGUGUGCAAGAAGAGGUGGCAAAAAUAGACUUGUAAACGCACAAUUUAAACAAUCAUAUAACCUCAAUCAAAAGUGACAUGAAUUGUAAGGUUAGGUGAGGUUAGAAUCAAAAUAGAUAGACAGAGAUUUUGAGUGCUGAAACAGUGAAAAAGGUGCAAAUUUGUGUAGAACUAUAGGCGUCUUAAGGCGAGAUAUGUGGAUUAUCGUGGCCGCUGUUGACUUUGGACACUACUAAUUGCUUCACUUGAUGUUGACAUAAGGCUCAAAUACUCAGUGACAAUGGAGAGUGGCGAGAGAGUUGAGGAGAAACUUCCGGACGCCACGGAGGACACAUCACAGAAGUGUGAAGAAGCUCCAGAAGUGCCCAAGGUGGAAAAGACCAAUUCCGGGGUGGCGGAAGAUGCGCCGAAAGAAGAUCCUGUCGUAGAGGAGAAGGUGGAUGAGGCGAAGGAGAGUCCAGUGGAGCUCACAGAGGGUGAGGAGGUGAAGUGUCCAGAGAGUAAUUUAAUAGAAUUCAAGGGCGGUGGUCAGGAGGAUUCCACAGAGCGUGAGGAUCGUGUUCCGCAUUCCACCACGAGUUUGCGCGGCUCUGAGUCUCCGAUUCCGGUGGGAAAUUUGCCUCCACCGCGCUCGAGGCGGCCACAAUUGAUGGACAAUCUCAAGAGGAAGACCACAUCAGAGAGUUCGGAGCCUGAGAGUCUGGAGGAUGAGGAUUCACCACCGCCGAGCGUGGCGCCCAGCGUAGCGCCGGCCAAAGAGGACACAGACCUCACCAGUGGAUAUAUCAACAAGCGGAGUAGCUUGUAUGUGAAGAAUCCGGACUUCACAAAACGCAUGAAUCAAACACCACAGCCACCGACUGCCCAGGUGUCCACGAUCCGGAGCGCUCCUGUGUCCAAUGACUUGAGCCCAUUGCGAAUGAAGCCGCCGGAUUUUACAAAAAUCGUGCAAUCCAGCCCUAAAGCGGCACCGUCACCACAGAAUGUGACACCCAGUAAUUUCGAGGAGAUCAGCAGGAAGUACAACUACAUCAGCGAUCUCCAGCUGAAACCUAGUACAGCUUCGCCGGCGAGCACGAGUUACAGGAAUCUCUACGUGAGUGCACCUACAUUCACAUCACACAAGUUUCACGGGGAUGCCAAGCCUGAGGAGGCGACUGAAGAGCCCACGGCGCAUGUUAUUCACAAGAAGCCUCAGUAUUUGCCGCCAAGUCCGCAGGAAUCAGUGGCGAGGGGUUACAAGAGUCAGCAGUAUUUGCCCAAGACGGAUCGAGUGGCGCAGAAAACCUAUGCAUACGGGAGUCCACCAGUGAAACCCGUUACACCCAAAGCGUCUGUGAUACAGCAACAGGUGCCGCAGGAUUUAUACGGACAGCGCGCUUAUAUGAUGCCACCGCAAGUGGCCAGAAGUCCAGUGGUUAUCAAACACCCGCCCAGUCCUGGUGGCUCUAUGAAUCCACCGCAGAAUUGGCCGGGAAGAGUGACACCUCAAUCUCCUCACAAUGGCUCUGCCCACAGUCCGAACUUCCUCCAGCCGGCGCCGGUGUAUAAAUCCUCGCCAUCGCCUCAAGGGAACUCCUAUUAUCCUCCCAAUGGAGGCACCUAUUACGCCCCCAAAGCGGUUGCCAAGGAAAAGCCUCCCAUUGAGUAUGUGGAUCUCACCAAAUCAGAUGGGAGAUCUGCUCGCAGUGAAUCCCUGAGCAGGAGUCAAGUGUAUGAGAUGCGCCACUCGAGUUCUGAGAGCAAUCUUGCCUACUACAGACAGAUGAAGGAGUCUCAGCAGCAACCCAUGCCUUAUCCAGGGAGUUCCUCUAAACAGAGCGUUCCAUAUAGAUAUCCUACCCAUCCACCAGUUAAGGAGACACUCCCGAAGACCUACAGGUAUCCUCAGUCACCGCAGGAGCCUGUUUACGAGAGAAAUCCUUCCGUAAUCGAGAGACUUCCCUCCGCAGCUCCGUCUGCAGCUUCCUAUGAACCUCCGCCUGUGGUGAAAGUGAAGACAGAAGUGCCUCCGAAGGCGCCAACAGCCACAGCAACGACCAAUUCCGUCUUCGCGCCAGUGAAAAGAGAAUCCCCUUUGGACUUGUCUGUGAAGACAGUGAAGACUAAGGCGGAUUCUACGGGAUGUGAUGACAUUGGAUCGAGUUCCAGCAAAGCCAGAGAGGCUUCCCAUGCUCUUAAAGUGAACUACGUGCCAAACUUCCAGAAGCACACCCAGGAAACUAAUGAGUAUCGUCCACCUUUUGCGGGAUAUGAGGCUGCACGACCGAUCCCACCCAAUGCAGGCCAAGUUCUGGCCAAGAGGGUUGCAGUACCUGAGCCACAGCAUCGGAGUGCGUAUGUGAAGCCUUCAGGGAGUUACUAUCCUGCCCAGCCACCGCGGGCAGCGGAACCGCAGAGGAGUGACUAUCCAGCGGGAAUGUACUAUGAUCCCAAGAGACCCGCCGAAAGGGUGGCCUAUUACCCGCGAGAGUCCGUCCUGCAACCGCCCAAUGCCACCAACGUGAUAAAAUCGGUGAAGCAAGAGUACCAGUAUCAACAGUAUCCAGCGAAGCCCGAAGUGAGAACUCCGGUGGCGAGAUAUGAGAACCAUGUGGGAUAUAAGUAUCCACAAGCCAUUCCGCCAGCGGAGUACCCACAAGCCUACCCCAAGGCGCACUUGGAGGUGCCUCAGAGGCAGGAGUCUUCGAUUCCCUAUCAGUACAACUAUCCCAAACCUGUGCCGGAGAAGGAACCGGAGCGAAAGAGACCAGCAGCUGAGGGGUAUCCUUAUGAAAUGGUGCCGCCCAAGAAGAGCCCAAAGCUAGAGACUCCCAUUCAGCAGAAGGUGGACGCGUACUUGAACAAUGCUGGAUACUACAAAAGCCAUCACUAUCCUCAUCCUGGAACUCCGCCACAGCAUCCUCCGCAUCCGCCGCAACAUCCUCCGCAUCCGCCGCAACAUCCUCCGCAUCCGCCGCAACAUCCUCCGCAUCCGCCACAACAUCCUCCACAACAUCCUCCGCAUCCGUCACAGCAUCAAUCUGUACCACCGCCGCCCCAACAUCCUCAAUACCCGCCACAACAUGUUCCUCAUCAUCAACACUCACAGCAUCUUCACGCCGCCAUACCUCAUGUUCUGCCCAAUCCGCCUACUCCGCGGCCACAGCCACAGAUGCCCUACCAGUACCGGCCAGGAGAGUAUCCUUACGCUCCUAAAGAAGUGAAGAAUGUCCAGGAGAAGACAGCAGAACCGUCAGCCGCUGUGUAUUACCCUCCAACACCGAAAAAGGAUGUUCAUCCUGUGAGUUACACUUCGGAGUCGCCUGUGAGGUAUUCUGUGCAGCAAAGCUACAGAGCAGCUAUUCCUUACGAGCACCAGAGGAUCGCUGGUCCUUCACCAGCGCCUCAGAUCCCUUAUGAAGGGGAGUUUAGGGGUCACCCACCGAUUUCUGGAUACUCAGGAGGGAGUACGAACACAGUGACGGCUAGGCAGUGGUAUCCGAGUCUUCCGCCGCAGCAAAAUCAUCAAUACAUGCCUCCUGGUCAAGUGUAUCAUCAGCGACCACCAGAUCCUGUGCCUCAGGCGCCUCCACAGCCUGCUCCGGCUAGUAAUCUCAUCCGAGCGACGUCGGAUGAACGCUUAGGAGCGAAUAGGGAUGUAAUAUCCAAACUAAAGACGACCAUUGAGGGGAAGCAGAAGGUGAGAAAGCAAAAUAGUGGUGAAUUGGAUGAAGAGGAGGCUAGUAAAGCGGACAUAGCGUCACUUCUCGCGGCGAGGAUUCGCACAAAAGGUGAAUUGAAAGGUUUCACGCCUAUUCCGGAUAAAGAUGCCCCAGCUUCUGUGGAAGAAGAACCCGUGGCACCUGUUGCAGGGCCUAUUGAUCCACCAUCAGAUUUGGAGGGAACCAGUGCCUUCGAUCUCCUAGAUUUUGGGAGUGCGUGCAAUGAUUUCGUUGAGCAGCUGCAAACGGGGAAGAAGAAGAUGAAAAGAAGAAGGAGCAGGAAGUCAGAAGUGGGUGAUGUGAAGCUCGAGGUGAAGGAGGAGGCUGAAGAAGCGGACGUGACGAUUCCUCCAGAGAGUAUCGUGCCACAGGAGGCGAUUCAGAAGGCAGCUGAAAGCCUGAAACAAAGUCAGAAGGUGGAAAAACCGGCAACGAGUAGUAGCGAUGAGGAUAAGCCGUUGUUUUUGUUGAGGCAACAGAGUGAGGAGGUGAAGAAGGCCAAGAAGAAGACAUCGACGGAUGAGGAUGAGGAUCCGGCUAGCAAGAGAGCGGAGAUAUUCGAAAGAUUGGCGGACAAGAUCACGAAGAAUAUCCGGGAGAAGCAGGAGAAGAGACUGGCGGCUAGAUUGAACACUUCUUCGUCUGAUGAUGAGGAGUCCUCAAAGGGCUCUCAGAGGAAGAGGAAACCCCUGAGGAGGACAAAGACGCGGAGUGUGAAGACAUCAGAAGACUCUUCGAAUGAGGAGGACAAGAAGAAAGAGGAUGAUAAGUCAGUGAAGAAGACGAAGAAGCCUCCGGAAAGUAGUAGUGAAGACGAUGAGGAGGAAAAUGGUAAAAAAGCGAAAGGAAAGAAAUCUUCUCGGUCUCCGGCUAAGAGGAAACCGACCAGGAAGUCCAGCUCUUCUGAAGAGGGUUCAGAUUCCGGCGAGGAGGGUGACAGUGAGGAAAAGUCCAAGUCAAAAAACUCCUCAGCGGCAAAGUCCACCGACGGCGGUAAGGAGAAGCCUCCUCCCAGCAGGACUAAGACGACACGCCGCUCUCAAGUCGGAACGGAAGACUCCAUGUCCAUGACGCGCUCCAAGAAGCGGAAAGAGAUGGAACAGCGACUGGCCAACAGCAAAGUGCUGAGGAACGAUAAGAUUGUCCAGAAUGUGACGAUAGACAAGAAGAAGAAGCCUGCCAAGGCAUCGCUGAAAGUGGACGAGGCGAAGAGGAAGAUCCUGGACACGGACAGUGAGCCAGAUGCCAAAGGGAGUCCCAGCAAGAAGAAGCCACGGAGGGUGUCGAAACUCCAGUCAUCCUCGAGUUCUGAAUCGUCAGAGUCUGAAAGUGAGGCGGAAACGGUGAGCGAAAGGCUGAGACCGCGGAAGCCACAACAGAAGGCGGUCAUUACAGCGACGCCACCAAAAAACGGGAAGGUCUCGGGAGGUGGGAAAGGUGAAUCGUCUCCCGGGAAGAAGAACAACGCCAAGAUAACAACCCUUGAAGGGACCACAGAUACAGAUGCCGGAGACAAUAAGUUUCCUCCUGGAUGGGAAAUGCAGCUGUACGAGUACAAGCGCUCCCUCAAGAUCCCGCCUAGUCUAAUCACAAUCGCUCGACCAUCGUGGCAUCGCAUUUCCACAUCAUUACCGGAUCUUGAUCCGCACUCCAGCGAUGCGUCGGAGAGCUACAGAGAGGCGGCAAAGAAGGAGGCGCCACUGGAUGAGUCCACAAAGUCUUCAAUAAUUGAUUUGCUUCAUCAGAGAGUGACUCAGAAGGGGCGCCAAACGACGCUUAGGAAAACGCCGAAAGCGCCUACUAAAACUCUGGUGAAAUCACCGAAUUCCAAUGGGGCUCAAUUGCUGGCCACUCCAGGUGUUGAUGAUGAUGAUAGGUCAAUUUUUGGGCAUGACGGGAAGAACUUGAACACCAAUGUGUUGAAAUCCAGAACCAGAACGGAAUACAGGAUCAUGAAGAAUAAGGAGAUCAUCAGACAAGUGUUUGGUGGGGAAGAUAGACCGGCUUCAGCGCCACCUUUUCGUGGUGGUGUGGAUGAAAGUCCGGUGGUGGUGAAGCAGGAACCUAAUGAAGAUCCACCGAAGGCGGUGACAUUCGAUCAGAAGUUCCAGGAGUACAUCAGACAGAUUGACAGGAUGGCUAUAGAGGAGGGCUUCGUUCGAGACACAUCCAAUCGAGCGCUGAAGACGGAGAAGGACUUUGGUGAGGAUACAGAGACUCAAGACACAGUGCUGGAGAGUCAGAGUGUGAAUUCCGAGAGGGAUGGACUCACGCCAAUCUCCUUCACGAAUGUCAUCAGGCGACAGGCGAAGAAGGGCUCACGCAGUGUCAGACGCAAGGGCAGUUCUGGCUUUGACUACAUCCGAAAGAAGAAGAAACCGCUGACGGAGAGUCAGCAAGCGGCGCUGGCCAAGAAGCGUCUGGCGGCCGUAACGGAGUUCCAGGGAAGAGAUGAGCAGGACAUCGGGAGGGAAGUCAAGGCGUGGGUGCUGAACAAGGGCGUUGGCGAGAGUGUGCUGCACAAAGCAGCAAGAUUGAAUUACUUGGACGUGAUUGCCUACUGUUUGGACAGGAUGGAAAUGCAUCCGGAUCAGAAGGACAAUGCAGGGUACACUCCUCUCCAUGAGGCCUGCUCGCGAGGGCAUCUUGAGAUUGCCAGGCUUCUGCUGGAGUAUGGAGCGAAUCACUCAGAGACAGCGCUGUCGGGCAUCCGGCCGUUGCACGAUGCCGUGGAGAAUGGGUAUGUGGAAGUGGCCAGACUGCUGCUGUCUUACGGAGCCGAUCCACUGUUGGCCACAUAUGCUGGGCAGACUCCUCUAGCCCUGGCGGAGGACGACGGAAUGGCGCUGUUCCUGAAGAACCAUCUUUACGACGUGCAGCACAAUGGCCCUGACAAGGGCUCCUGGAAGUUCGCAGGACCCUGGGAGAUUUACGAUCCUGAUGUUUGGGGCUACAGCAUCUUCGCGGAUGUGCCUGAAGCUGACGCGCCAGAAAUUAAGGAGCCAGAGAAGUGUGAUUCGAACUCCAAUAUAAUGAAGAAGGCGCCAGAGCCUGUAGAAAACGGACGCGCCAAUGGAUCCAGUGUGUCUCUUGAGACUGAAGACGGGGAGCUGUUCGACAUUGAGGAAUCCGAGACGCCCCUGCCGCCGCUGUACCUUCUGCGCGAUGAGGGCGCUGAGAAGUGGGUGCUGCUCUCGGAUCUGUGCAACAUGCUGAAGGUAAAGUCCAGAGACACUCUGCUGAAACAAAUCCAGCCUGGCGGCGUUCCGGGGACGCAGAAGGAGCUGAUUCGUGAGCUGAAGACUGGGGACUUCCUGCAGAAAGCCACGUGCCUGCAAUUGCUGUGCGCUGGCGAGAAACUCAACAUCCGAUCGUCCAAGGUGGUGCUGAUCAAGUACAACGAAAGCGUGCAGGCUCUCCUUGGCGUCCAGACGCUCCUCAUGCGUCUGUGAUGUGGCUAAAGUGGUGGGAUAAUCUCAGGGAAGACCCUCCAGAGAGGACUCAGAGCAACGUGUAAUCACAAAAAGGCGUGAUAUUAGAUGAGUAGCGGCAAGAGAUGGUCCCAAAGGACCCAAAAGUGUGCAGAAUCAAAAAGGAUUGUAGAGAAUUUCACCAAGCAGACCUAUUUAAGUGAAUAAGGAAAAAAGGCAUCAUGGAAAGAUUUAUAUAUAUUUUCUAGGGCAAUUAAAAACUAACCUUAGCGUUAAGGAAGUUUGCAAUUAAGAAUAGAUUUAUAGUGAAAAUUGAGGUGGAAAAACCUCGAAAUAUAUACAUUUUUAUUAGAACGUAAGAUGCGCGCGAAGAAUGAUUUUACGGAUUUACAGAAUGUGAAUUGUAAAAUAGUAUUUGUGAGGAGAGAAGUGAGAGUUUGCAAUUGAUUAGGCUCAUUUUAAAUCCCCCCUUUUUUAUGUACAUUUAAGUUGUUACUGUAGUGAAAAUUGUAAUUGUAAAUGUGCAAUGACAUGUGAUUACAUUUUAACGCUAUUAUAGUGAGAGAAAUAUACAAAAUAUUGAUUAGAAA